UGCAUAAAUACCGCCAUUGCACCUCGUGGUGUGCUACAUCUCGGACCGGGACGUCGUCUUCGGCAGGUGCUGCUGAGAAAUUAUAAUAUAUAAUGGCAGAAUCAGCUAAAAACUUGUUAGCUGGAGAAGGCAGCGACGCCGACGUGGAGGAUGUUGAAGAAACAGAAUUUACCAAAAAGUCCACGCUCGCCUCCGAGAUGAUGAAAGAUCCGAAGGUGUUGGCAGCAUUACAGUCAAAGUUAGGUUCCAUGGUGGGCAAUCCAUCCGGCUAUAUCGAUAGUCUGCCCGCUUGCGUGAAACGGCGCAUCAAGGCCUUGAAAAAAUUGCAAGUAGAAUGCUCCAAGAUUGAAGCCAAGUUCCACGAAGAGGUUCAUGCUCUCGAGUGCAUGUACGCUAACCUCUACCAGCCCCUGUUUGAAAAGAGGCAGCAGAUAGUCGGUGGGAAAGUGGAACCUACGGAUGAAGAGUGUGACUUUGCUCUAGAUUCAGACAAAGAGGAGGACGACAUUUCGGAAGGCAUCAAGAAGGCAGCAAUAAAUGAAAAGGGGGAUGAGAAAAAGAAUGACGAAAAUGUUCCCGGUAUUCCAGAGUUUUGGUUAACAACCCUUAAGAGUGUAGACUUGCUUGCAGAUAUGAUUCAGGAGCACGACGAAGACAUUCUCAAGCACCUUGUAGACAUCAAAGUAAAAUAUUUGGAUAAAAACCCAGCGGGGUUUGUGCUAGAGUUCCACUUUGAGCCCAACGAGUACUUCACCAACACGGUGCUCACAAAGUCCUACGAAAUAAAGUGUGAUGUUGACGAAGCAGACCCAUUUUCGUACGAGGGGCCAGACAUCGUUGGUUGCAAGGGAUGUACAAUUGACUGGAAAAAGGGGAAGAAUGUAACUGUAAAGACAAUCCGCAAGAAGCAGAAACACAAAUCAAGAGGAUCGGUGCGCACCGUGACAAAGACUGUGCAGAACGAGUCGUUUUUCCUGUUCUUCAACCCCCCAAAUGCGGGCGGAGAUGGCACUGAGCUCGAUGGGGACACCGAAGCACUGUUGGCGGCGGACUUUGAGAUUGGCCAUUUUCUCAAAGAUCGUGUCAUCCCCCGUGCAGUCCUCUACUUCACCGGUGAGGCAGUGCAGGAUGAUGAGUUUGAUGAAGAUGAGGACGAGGAGGAGGAAGACGAUGAUGAUGAGCACAAUGAGGAUGAUGAUGAGGACGAAGAGAACGAUCCCGAUUUUGUGCCCAAGGUAAUUUAGGGAGACUCCCCACCCCACCCCCAUUGACACGGCAAGAAAGGUGAACCUCCAGCAGAGUGCAAACAACAGUAACUCUAGAAAGCAUUUUUAAGUGAAGUGUCGUCAAUAUUCCUCAGCCUGUGCCAGCAAAUGUUGCUCUUUACGAAUGAACUGUUACCGGCCAUUAUUUGGUUUCUGUUGCUUUUUGUUGCAUUUACAUGAAUAAAAUCUGAGACAAAAUGUGCUUUUUACAAA